UCCGUUUAUUGCAAAUUUAGAGUCUUUUAGUUUUUUGUCAGUUAGCCGUGGUUAUUAUUCAGGCGUCUCUUAAAGUUAUUGUAAUAUGCAGAUUAAAAAGUCUCAGAGGAAAACUUUGGCACCAAAUGCAAAGCCAAGGCAUUUUUGAAGGCUUUCACUGCACUUGGUGUAAUAUGAAGCUUAAUCUGUUUGCUGUUCACAGGAGGACACUGCCUUCCCUGCAUUUUAUCAUUUUCUCGAUACGCUGGAAUUCCCAAAUAACACUGCUUCUAAUGAAACCGAUUAAAAAGCUCCAGAUUUACUGUCGUCUAAGCCUUCAUAUUAUGUUUUGAGCACUUACAGAUGCGCUGUUGCCGAGCACACCCUUUGUCAUAUUUUAGAUAGGCUGGGGACUUUAACUUGCAUUUCCAGCUCUCAAGAACAAUUGCACGUGCUUGAGAUUUAAUAAAAACCCAAUCGGAGGAGGCCAAUAAAGUGAGUGGUGGGAGAUUAUUGCAGUUUUGCCUGCUGACCUUACCCCUGCAGACCAACCUGUGGGAUUCCCCUCGACACGCAUUAAUUCACUGGCUGCCAUUAAAGCACUAAAUUGUGGCACCAAGGCAGCCUGUAGACUCUGGUUUGUCCCCCCUGCAAGUAAUAUUAUUAAUACAAUUCCUGUGGUGCCAGAGUAGUUGAGAAAGGUUGAUGGAAGGUUAAGAGUGAGGCGGUGAGUAGUUGCAGGAAUCAGUUGGGAUCCAAGAAGCUUUCUGUACUUCUGUGAACUGGCUUUUUACUUUCUUCUUCUUUUUUUAAAUGUCAAGAUAAAAGACUCAAAUGUCAUGAAAAAACUAAGACUAAACUCCACCGCCACUAAUGAAAACAUGUCAUCCUGAUUUGUAAUUUUCUUUGAACUACUCUCUCCAAUACUUUUUUUUAAAAACCUCUUCUUUUAAAGCAAAAGCCCCUGACAUGACAUGACCUUGUGAUGCAGAUGGGAAACAUGUCCUGCACUGGUAUGUGGGUUGAUUUUCAACCAGGAGACACAAAGCCUGACUUUUCAGUGUUUUGUCACAGGCUUGACUGAAUUUCAGACGCCUCGGUAGAAAGAAACAUGGCUAAACAUGGGGGAGGAUGGGGUCUCAGCCACUAAAUGCUCUCCUUAAACUUUUCUCAGGACUUUGAGGGGUCAUUAAUUUUGCCAGCAUUUUCUACGUCUCUGACACUGGCCAUCAAUCAGAGCUGUUUUAAGUAUUCAGUCAACCCCAAAUUCUGACUAUGUCCCUGCUCAGACAGGGACCACACACCAGUAGGAAGAGAUUAAGCCUGUGCAUGUCACAUCACGUUGUAGUGAGCACCUCACUCCCUUGGGGUUGGGUGCUGCUGAAUAAGUAAAUUCCCAGAAGCCCAGAGGGUGUGUUGGUAAUGUUUAACAAUAUCUCAGCAAUACGGAACAACUUGCGUGUUUUAGGAAAUUUAUCUUCCUCCCAUAUUAAAUAUCAGUGGUUUAAUAAUUUGUCUCUAAAUCUUGGUAUAUUAAAGGACUCUAACAAAUAAUGUACAUUUGUAAAAGUCUGUAGGAAUCAAAGCGUCACUCGUUUUCUCAGUAUAUAUAUAUUUACACACACACAUACACACACGUAUAACUUUUUGAGCUGCUCUGCUCCAGCCCCAUCCCCUCUCGACCUCUCAGCCUUUAUUCAACAAUAGAAACUUGUUUCCGGGAUCUGUGCGUCAGGCUCUGUCAUGUGAAUGACCCACCAGCACAAAAGCCAAGACCCCCCGACUUGGAAAAAAAGGGGGAUAUAGCUGCCAUGACUGUGAUGAUGUCACUUUGCCAAAACUGUGCCGUUAGCAAAGAGAGGAGGCAAAAUCGGCUUGGGCAGGCAUUAAAAGCCCCUGCACUGAAUGCAUGAGAUGCCCUGAUAGGGCUGCAGCUGUUUUCCUCCUGUUUUUAAUAUAAAUGUAAACUUUUUUGGGCAUUUAUUUUGAAACAUUUAUGGAAACAGAUGAAAUUUCACAUGCACUUCACAAGUUCUUGUUUUUUUCACAUAAUUAGCAGUUGUAUAAAUAGUAAGAUAGUCUUUGUUUUGUAUCCACCUGCUGUUCUAAUAUUUUUUUCUUCUAGAUUUGUGUUGUGUGGCUACAGAUAAUUAGUGCUAUCAGUAUCACUGGCCCUUUUCUCCCUGGAAUUACCAUAAGAAAGAAUUUGCCACCACUUUAGACUUUUUCAUGUUUCAAAAACCCUAAUGAGUCACCGCUUCACCUCAAAAGGAUCUUCUGAAAGAGGAAGGAUCUUCACUUGUUACCUUUUCAGUUAUGCGCCUCCAGCGUCACUUCAAAUAAUUAAUGAAGCUUUAAAGUGAUUCAAGGAUGUGCCAGAUAGAAACUGCUGCAUUGCCUUGUAAACUGAAAUACGGGAAAAUAUAAGCAGGGUGAAAAAGUGUCUGCCAAUUUGAUCACUCCAAAAGAAAAAAAAAAUUCCACUUAAAUUCUGAUAAGUGCUGGCAACUUAACAAUCUGGCUCUUGGACACAUCCUCCAUUGUAUUCACUGCUGGCCAAGAAACUUCCUGUAAAUACGUUAUUGUUUACAACAGAAGUUUCAUACCCAGGAUUUCUUAAGGUCAACAUUUCUUCUGGCACACUAAGCCUGAACUGCACUUUAUUCCCCUUUAAUUUAACAGCUCCGGCAGCUUUUCUAGUUAAAUCGACUGUUCAUUAUUGAGACCCAUUUUACGAAGGGGCUGUGAGGUGCAAUUUAAUGAAUCUCUGGCACAAAGCUCCCUUUCAGUGCUGCGCGAAGAAUAGAGGCUAUUUAGACCCUGUAGGGCUUUAUGUCAAAGGCAGCCCAUAAUAGUUGUCAGGCCAGGGCAGAAAUUCCCACUGGCCUGGGAAUGCACUAGAAAUCAACUUUUGCCAUGAGCAGAUUAAGACACAAGCAAGCAGUUGGGAAGAUUCUCCCAUAUAGUGGCAUCUGUUUAGAUGCUAAGAUUUUCCCACAGACAAAAAACCCCCAAAAACUUUCCCUGUACUGUAACGUUGUGAUGUGCUAGUUUUGUUUGUCCCUGUGCCUAAAUGAAAAUUAAGAUUAUAAGUACAUUUUAAUUUGGGUAUCCACACAGGAAACAAAAAUGUAGGUAUAUUUUUACUUUUUUAUUUUAGUCUUCAGAGACAGACGAGAGGAACGUGUGAACAAUGGUGUCGGCUAGUUGAGGAUUUGAAAGAUAUUUACAUUUUUUCUUUUUUGGGGGGUUUAAGCGUAAUUUGUUUGAUAGUCAUGAACGUAACAAAGGAGGAUAUUGUUGUUUAAGUCUAACAGAGAUCAUUUUGUAUUACAUUUUUGCCUCCAUACUCUAUCCACCAUGAUUUUUUUCCUUCUCACUGUAACAGUAAUAUCCUCGAGUUUCAUUAAAGCUUUUUUGGUUCAGAGCACACACAAACAGUUAAACUAGAGGGGGAGAGUUCUGACAGAGGUUAUUGUCCUCGGCUCAGCAGGGAAUUUCAGACAAAUCCCUCUUAGAUGCAGGUGGUCGGGCACAAGCAAAGAGUUAAGUCCUGCGGUCCCAUUGCCCCUCCUCUUUGAUGUUCUGACAUCAUUUGUCCAGCCCCCCGAAAGAUCUCCUUACUUUCCUCAGAGCUCGUCACUUCUACUCUGGAAUGUUUACAGGAACUUCAUGAGCAGCAUCAGGACCAAGUUUUUAUCAGAGGAAAAAGGGCAUGCUGUGAAGAAAUUUUGGGUUCAAGGAUCACAGUGGAUGCCACAGGUGUAGCUGCUGGGCUCAACAGAGUAAUGGCUGUUCAGACUGCAAUCAUGAACCCUCAGUUCAUGAAUUUCUGCUUCCCUGGCUCUGUGAUGGAGUAUGAUGUGGAAAAAAGUCUUGAUGGAAGUCUCCUGGGUGAGACAGAAAAUGAUGAGGACUACAAAGAGACGACGAGGGAUUUGUUGAGUUUCAUAGACUCAGCCUCCAGCAAUAUCAAGCUAGCUCUGGACAAGCCAGUGAAAUCUAAAAGGAAAGUCAACCACCGGAAGUAUCUGCAAAAGCAGAUCAAAAGGUGCACUGGCAUUAUAACACCAGGAAACGCUGCAGAGGCCCCAGUAAAAAGACAGGGUUCUCCACUGACUCAGCCAAGCACUUUGCAGAGCAAAACUCUACCUAAGCGUGAUGGUGUUCAGGCCAACUUGCAGAGCAAAAGCUUGGCAGCUCUCUUCAGCCCUGUGAAGGAUAUAAGGGGUGAGAAACCCAAGAAACCACCGCUGAGGCAUCGCAACCUGCCCCCUUCUUUCUUUACCGAGCCUGCUAAUUGCUCCAAAGUCAGUUCAACAUCUGGGAUGACGCUGAAGGACUUGGAGCGAGGCAAUCCCGAGGCUGCAGAGUUCUUUGAGCUCUUGGGGCCUGAUUACAGCAACAUGGUCAGUGAUCAGGAUAUUUAUCAAGGCAUGCCUCUCCGGGUGCAGCCAGAGUUGGGAGGGCCAGAUCCUGCUUCCUACGAUACUCAUCAUUUAGUUGGUGGUCUCCUCUACUCUGAACCCUGGACUAGCUGCUCAGGACCCUCUAAAAAAGUAGGGGAGAGUCUGCGUACAGGCCCAGCCCAGCCUCCUGUCUACUGUCAGUCUGAGGGUGCUACGGGGCCCAUAGAAGACAAUGCGCUGUGCACUUUAGCCUUUCCAAACUUCUUCGCAGACUGCCCCAUACCUCAGGUCACCUACGAUUUAACUGGUGGUUAUAACAGAGCUAAUUAUUCAUCUCUAUGAGAGGCUGACAAUUCUUUUGGCUUAUAAUAUGCAGAUAAUUAUGUUUAACAGUAGUUUAUCAUAUCAGGUUUGUUGUGAAAGCAGUGUUGCAACUGGAAAACAUCUAGUAUCAUCCCUACUCAACAAAGUGUGUCAUGCAAUUACUUCCGGAAAAAAAGUAACUGGCUACCAAGUGCUUCUUUCACUCAUAGUUUUUCCACUUGUGAUAAAAAGCUUCACACAUGUAUAUGAUUGCGUCUCUCUCAGGCAAUUUAUAUUGCAAUCGAUGAAAAUGCAUUUGAUUCUGGCUAUGCUAUUGCUUUAGUUAAGAUUGUCCACUUGAGGAUGUGCAAAUCAAACUACAGAUUAUAACAUUUAUAUAUUUUACAAAAAUAAUCACACAAGCAGCACAAAUACUUGUUGGUUUAGUCCACAAAGCAUCUCUUUUUGUUUUUUAUAUCAUAGGACUGUUUGACAAAACAAAUGGAGCACUUUUCCUGCUAGUAACAUUUCUGUGCAGCAACAUAAAAGGGACUACUAAUUUUAAUUUUAAUUUUAAUUUUCAAACAGUAAUGUCUGAUGCCGUGUUUGCUUGAUGAAGUUUUAUAGCUCUGAAGUUAUUUUCAGCUGGAAGAAUUUCACUUGUGCCCUUUUGUCUGUGGAAAAGCCUUUAAUGUAUCUAGCUAUUGUAAUAAGAGGAAAUAAAGCUGGCCUUUAUUACCGUG